UGUUACUGUUUACGAAAUUUUUGAUUUUGCUCAAUGAAGAGUUAAGAAUUGUAUAAAAUUAUGGCUCAAGCGAAACUUAAUUCACAAGAAGAAACAAGUAGUACACUCAACGAUAAAGAGAAAGAUGCUGAAGAGAAGGAAGGCUCAACGACAGUAUUAGAGUGUGCAGUCUGUCUUCAACCAUGUAUAUAUCCUGCAAGAUUACCUUGCAAUCAUAUAUAUUGUUACCUAUGCGUCAAAGGUGUUGCAAAUCAAAGCAAAAGGUGCCCUAUGUGUCGUCAAGAGAUUCCUCCUGAUUUUCUUAAUAGACCGCAGUUGGUGGAAGUAGACGAAACGCAAAAAGAAUCAGAACAUUUUGAAGAAGAAUAUCAAUGGUUUUAUGAAGGCAGAAAUGGUUGGUGGCAAUAUGAUCAACGUACAAGUCAUGAAUUAGAAACUGCAUAUAAGCAAGGCAAACGGAAUUGUGAAUUGUUAAUCGCAGGAUUUCUUUAUAUUGCUGAUUUUGGUUCAAUGCUUCAAUUACGUAGAAAUGAUCCUUCUAGGCGAAGAAAAAUUAAACGUGAUUUGUAUAAUGUACCAAAAAAGGGAGUUGCAGGUUUAAGAUUGAAUAAUCAAGACGAGGAAAUCACUAGAGAAGUAAGGGGUGCAGAAAGACCAGCUAGCCCUGCAAGUGAUGAUAUGGGCACAGGAGAUGGUACAAAUACUCCAGUACCUCCAAGUAAUACACCACAAACACCAGCUGGUGGAACAGCAAGUGGUGAUGCUACACCUCUAAAUGACAGAAUGGAACAAAGAGACUCUUUACAUCAGGUAUUAGAACAAAUGCGUUCCUUAGUUCUGAGAGAACAUUUAUCUUCAGAUACAGAUGAUGAAUUAGAGGAAGAUGAAGAAAGUGAAUCACCUUCCACUCAUCCUACAUUAUAA